AUGGAGCCGUGUGUCCCAGUCGAGAGCGAAAGGACCCUGCCACUCUGCCGGCGCCUGUGUUACGCCGUCGGGCAUUUUCUCAAUGACUUGUGCGCCUCGAUGUGGUUCACCUAUGUGCUGGUCUACCUCCACUCGGUCUUGGGUCUCCGGAGCACCUUUGCCGGCGUGCUGCUGCUCAUCGGUCAGGUAGCAGACGGGGUGUGCACUCCUCUCAUCGGGUACGAAUCCGAUCGAUUUCCCUGCAGGAGGUACGGCAAGAGAAAAAGCUGGCAUUUGUUGGGAACCAUCUGUGUUAUCGCAACUUUCCCCUUCAACUUCAACCCCUGCCUGGCCUGCUCAGCAAGCACUCCCCAAUGGGCCAAGAUCAUCUACUUCACCCCCUUCAUCAUCAUCGCCCAGUUUGGAUGGGCGGCCACUCAGAUCUCACACCUCUCCCUCAUUCCAGAGCUGGUGUCCAGUGAGAGCGGCAAGGUGGAGCUCACUGCGUACAGGUAUGCCUUCACUGUGGUUGCCAACAUCACGGUGUUCACUGUGGCCUGGCUGCUUUUUCACUUCCUGUCUCAAGACGACAUGACCGACAACCUGGGCCAGGCGGACAUUCCUCUGUUUAGGAUGCUGCUUUUAAUCAUACUUGGUGUUGGAGCAGUGUUCUCGCUCAUAUUCCACAUCGGCACAAAGGAGAAGUCAGGAGAGGAUCCGCUGCUCAGACCUUCCUCUGCAGAGGAAGCGUUGUCCUCUCGAGGGUUGCAAUGGAAAGACUGGCUUAAACAGCCUUCUUUUUACCAGGUGGCCUUUGUCUACAUGUGCACCAGACUGAUCGUUAAUCUGUCCCAGUCGUACAUCUCUGUUUACCUCACCCACUCACUGUUCCUACCAAAGAACUUCAUUGCCAUCAUACCACUUGUGAUGUAUGUCAGCGGUUUCGUGAGCUCGCUGGUCAUGAAGCCAAUCAGCAAGCUUGUAGGCAUCAGUAUGAUGUAUUUUGUUGGUCUGCUGCUGGUGAUCAGCUUUGCCCUCUGGGUGAUUUUUGACAAGAACAUGGGAGCUGAAAGCAUCUAUGGUGCGGCUGUACUGCUGGGAGCCGGCUCAGCGAUCAUCUUGGUCAUGUCUCUCUCUAUGACCGCCAAACUCAUCGGGGAGCAAACACAAAGUGGGGCCUUUGUUUACGGUUCAAUGAGCUUCACGGACAAGGUGGCCAAUGGCGUGGGUGUCGUCAUCAUCCAGAGCAUCAGACCGUGCAGCACAGAGACAUGCUGCCCGGCAUGUGUUUGGUUUUAUCGUGACGUCAUGGCAGCAGUGACAGGAGGCGUGGGCUUGGUAGCAGCCGUUGGCCUGUUGACAAUUUUCAUCUGGCCACUCAAGACUGGAAAAAAUGAAUGA